AUGUCGCCUCGGCCAUCACUGCUGGGCAUAAGCUCGGCGCUAUGGCUGUUAUUCGCAAGCUUUGCGCACGAUGCUGCUGCCCACCCCUACCCGAAAGAUGACCUACACGCAGCGGGCUAUGGCUAUCUCAUGCCCCGCCAAUGCAACCAGUACUGCGGCUACAACAACAUGUUCUGCUGCGAGGAGGGAACCCAGUGCUACACAGCCGACGGCAUUGCCGGCUGCUCGUCCGACGCAGGCGGCGGCUGGGCUCGGUACACGACAACAUGGACACUGACGCAGACCUUCACCAAGACGUACAACUCCUUCGUCCCGGCCGCGACCGCUCCGCCAGGCACCGGCGACUGCGUCCCGCCCGAGGGGUCCGGCCAGAUCGCCUGCGGCAACAUCUGCUGUGCGAGCUGGCAGUAUUGCGCCUUCAAAGGGCAGUGCAUGGCGAACAACCCCGGUCCCGAUCCCGGCCCGGCCCCGACGCGCACCGACGGAUCGGAGACCAUCACGACCGCCUUCAGCGCGCCGUACCGCGUAACCAGCGGCACCGCCACAACGACAGGCACCGACACCGCCGCGGGUGCCGCCACCAGCACGGGCGCAGUGAGCCCGGGGGGGACGGCAGGCGGGCUGAGCGGCGGCGCCAUCGCCGGUAUUGUCAUCGGCACUAUCGCGGGCGUGGCCCUGCUGCUGCUCAUCUGCGCGUGCUGCGUGGUGCGCGGCCUGUGGCACGGCCUGCUCGCGCUGCUCGGGAUCGGCAAGAAGAAGAAGGAGGAGACGGUCAUCGAGGAGGAGCACUACCGCCGCGGGUCGUCCCACACCCACCGCGACAACCACGGCUCGUGGUACGGCGGCCGCCCCAGCUCCGCCGGCGCCCGCAAGGAGAAGAGCAAGGGCGCCGGCCUGCUCGGCAUCGGUGCUGCCCUCGGCACGCUGGCCCUGUUGCUGGGGUUGAGGAGGGAUAAGAAGAAGAAGGCGGCCCCGUCCAAGACGAGGAGCGACGUCGCUAGCAGUUACUGGUCGGAUUCGUACACGGCCACCAGCCCGAGCUCAAGAAGCAGCGACAGACGGACCCGUCACUCGCGCCCCAGCAGGGCGCCGAGCAGGGUGACCCGGACAACACACACCCGCACUCGCGUGUCGAGGUCGAGAGGGCCAUCGGUACGAUCGCAACGGUCGCCGAGGCCGUGA